AUGCAACUGGGACUUAUCUUCUAUUUCUGGAUCCUCCUCCGCGCAUUCCGCCUUUGCCAACUCCUAAUAGCCUUUUGCACUAGGAGAAAGCAGCGUCGCGGAGCACCAUCUACAAAACAAGCCGGAGGGACCAUCAUCCCCAGAAUUCGUCAUUUUCUCAACCAGCACGACCGCAUCGCAAGGGUGAUCCUCGUCGAGUUCCAAGAAGCCCAAUGCUUCUUCAUGAUGGCCUCGCAAGCCGCAAUCCUGCUCGCUAAGAAGUCAAGUUCCAUCUUCGAAUCCAACACCAUGCCCUCCCUCUGGGCAAACAACGGGAUCGCAGGGAUAGUUUCUAGCGCCGGGAUCUUGCCGGUUGUCAUGGGCAUGUGGAGUCUCCACAAGAUGCACACAGCAGAGCCCUGGAUUUUUGCCUUGUCUGUUGCGAGCGUCAUCGUGUCGGAAGUCGCGCUGUACUGGGCGCAUGAGACUCCAUCGGUGGAUCAACUUAGUGCGUUUGACUAUGACAGAUGGCCGCAGAGCUGUGGUGGGUAUGCGCCGCCAUUGAUCUACUGUACGGAUCAGAAGGAGAAUUACUACCUAAGGGUUCCGCUCGCCUUUGUCUGGCAGGUGCUCAAUCCGUAUUGUUUGGCUGUGUUUGUGCUGAAUGCCAUCUUCUGGGCUUGGCCGUAUGUCGUCAUGCUGGUGGAUAGUGAGGGGCUUUGUCAAAGGACUUUCGUUCGUCUCGGUCUCCGCAGUUUCCAGUCAAAAGUUCGACGACUACUCGCUUCGACUUGGGGCAUCUGGAUCAACAGGCUACCCAGUCUGCUCACAUUCGGUGUGGAAUCGCUCUUUCUCGUGGCUGUCGUUCUAGAGGCUGUGUGUUUUGGCGAGUUUGAAUACCUCAAGGUGAUCGACUUUUCGGCCUGGGGGUUUGGUCAGAUUGUGGCAAUGACCAUCUGGUUCCCCGUGGUCAGCAAAUAUGCCUAUCUUGUCUUUUUUGGCACCGAGUCUUACUCACGCGCUCGCAUGCCGGAGUCUGAUGACACUGAAAAGGAUAAAAAGGAAACUAACAUAAACGCCAAUGAUGUUGAAACACCCCCUCUGCAGUCCUCCGAUGUUAUCGAGCACAAAGCCCAAGACGGGCAUGAAGCGGGCCAGCGAUGA